ACCACCUAUCGGAGCACUGGUACUUAAUCUUGCGCAAUUUAUGUACGUUGAUACAACGUAAAUGUUAAAUCUAAAUCGUUAAAUGUGACUUACACUUCAGUAAUGUAAGCCGAACGGAUGAGAUAGGUUGAAAUAAACAAUGAAGAAAAUGACAUUAUACGCUCUGGGCAGAUUAAAUUCCUCUGUACAGCACUGCACAAAACAUCAACACAAAUCCAUCUUUUACUGGCUUACUGUUGCAUUUAAUAGUGUUAAUGAAGAGCGUAGGAAACAACUUGGUCCUGAUAUUUCUUGUGCAGAAUGGCUCCUGCGAAAUGGAGCAUUUGUCAAGUGGAAAGACUCUCCAGAAGAAAUAACAGAUUAUAAUGCGCUACCAACAACAUAUGCUAAUUAUAAAAUUGAAGUUGUUAAUGCUAUAGAUGCUGGAAUUAGUUAUGUUGGAUUUCCACACUUUGAGGGAUGCAAACAUAUAAAGACAAUAAAGUUGGAUAACUGUAGAUAUAUAAAUGACAAGGCUAUAUCAAUGCUACCUAUACUAGAAAGUUCACUUACUCAAGUAUUGCUACUGAACUUGAAAAAUAUUACUGAUGAUGGGUUACGGGAAUUAAAAAAUCUCAAAAAUUUGGAGGAAAUAGAUCUUCAAGGACUAUCAUAUGUUGAAAAUCUGGAGGCUGUUUGUGCAGAAAUCAAGGCAGCUCUACCCAAAUCAAAUGCACCGUAUUUUUCACCGCAAUUGAAAUCGACACCGAAACUUAUUGUUAGUCUUUGAUUCGUCACCGAAACCGGAAGUAGUCCGU